UGCACGCACACAGACACGUCCAGAUCUACCCACACCACCCACACACCACGCGUACAAACAAAUUGAAAGACGAAAGAGGAAAUCAUAGUUCCCCCAACUAAAAAUAGGCCUAUAGGCACCAUAAAAGACCUUUCAGGUUUCCCGCUUCUUCUGACAGAGCAACAUCUGAAAAUGGUGAGUUGACAUGAUACUAUGCUGUAGCAUUUCUCUGGUAACACAGAAAAAUUGUCUCUAACAGAACCAAAAGUAGCAAGCAACAGUAUCAGGUAGUUCUGGUAAUGUGAACCUAUUGCAGCAGAUGCAGAUGUAUGUAUAUUUGCCUGAUGAAGAUUGAAUCUCUGCUUUAAUCUUUACUUCUGUUAUAAGUCGAUUAAGAUGGAGAAAAGCAUAACUGUAGGCUAUAGUAGUGACAAACAAGUCUCAUUGAUAUUUGUGGUUUCAAAAGGACGUCAAAUGUGUUAAAGACCACUUACAAUGCGUAUUUCCUUUCAGUAAUUGAAUACUAGUAUAGUAACUGUAGGUAAUAUAUAAUAUAUAAUAAUAUGUAUAUAAUAAUAUGUGUGAUAUUUAAGGUACAGACAUCUCAUCCACAGCCUCAGCACACACUGGCACUGGUGGUGGCUUGUGCCUCGUUCGUCAGCGUCACCUCAGAGCUACUCACCUUCCAGCACACAGACCUCGUGAGCGGUGAGGUGCUGCUUUGCGACCGAUGUCCCGCCGGCUUCUACAUGAGGGCUCCCUGCACACCUCACCAGCCAACCGUCUGCUCGCCGUGCCCCGUCAACCAUUUCACACAAUUCCACAACUACCUGCCCAAGUGCCUGUACUGCUCCACGUUCUGCGGCAGGCACCAGGUGGUGAAGCAGGAGUGCUCUGCGUUGAAUGACCGGGUGUGUGAGUGCAAAGAGGGCCAUCACAUGCGUGCCGACUUCUGUGUUAAGCACAGGGACUGUCCCUCUGGACAAGGCAUCAAACAGAGAGGUACUCCAGUGCAGGACACAGAGUGUGAGACGUGUCCGCCAGGCACAUUUUCGGCAGAGAAAUCCUCCACUGCUGUCUGUGUCGCUCACAGCAGCUGUGCAGCCAGUGGACUAAGAGAAGCCUUAAAAGGUUCUGAAUGGCAUGACAACAUUUGCAUGUCCUGUAAAGAGCAGGAGGCCAAAGGCACACUGGCUCCACUCAGGGGAAUCCUCGCAGCCUUCCUCAGCCACGGGAAGCUGCGGCUGGGGAAGAUGAGGAAGCUGGUGGGGCACGUCCUGGGGCAGAGAGUGGCGAUGAAGAGGCACUCGGAGUACGCCAGGCUGCUGGCUGCCGUCGGCGAAUGGGCCCAGGCGGAGCCAGAGGCCGGACUCAGGCGACUGCUCGACACCCUGAGAGGACUGAAGUACAACAUGGCCGGCGAUCUGGAGAUCAAGAUCAGUGAGAUAGAAAAACAGAUGAGACACUGUGAGUCUGCGGAGAAAAACUUAGUAGAGAGUAAAAAUCAAGACACACGCACAGAAGACAGAGAAAACCGAAUUAGUUUAUAAUUAAAAUGUACCAUUGGGCAAAAUAACAUACAAAAAUGAUAUGACUGAUAACAUGAAUAAUAUCAGGUACUUGAGAAAAAUGUUAUUGUAUAGAAACAUUUCAUGUAGAAUGCAUCUUCAGUGUUUUAUUUCAAUUUAAAUGGUUUUUUUUUCAGAAAUAAAUGUAGAGUGAAUAAAAAGUA